AAUUAUCUCCUCAUCAUCAUCAUCCUUCUCCAGCUUGCUCGUUGCGUCGGCACUCCUCAUCACCUUUGUUUCACUAAUGCAUACCGCUCAGUCUGAACCGGCGGCCGCCGCCGUUCCGGUCCAUGUAACUGCCGCAGGCCAACCUAAUACCCCCCAUAUAGAUUGUGGGGCAGCAUGCGCCGGGCGAUGCAAGGUGGCGUCGAGGCAGAAGAUCUGCAUGAGGGCGUGCAAGACUUGCUGCGGCAGGUGCAACUGUGUCCCGCCCGGAACCUCCGGCCACAAGGAAGUUUGCCCAUGCUAUGCUAAUAUGACCACUCACGGCGGCAAGCCCAAGUGCCCUUGAUUCAUUCAUUCAGUUCCCUCCUU